AGCCUUCAUAUCAGUGCUUCGUCUCAACUAACUCAUAGCCUAUCGAACUCUUAAUUUUUACUCUCCAUCUUCUUCUCCAAAACCCUCAAAUUUUCUCUGAAAAUUUCCCUUCUCUAAAAUAAUUCUAUUUUGUUGUGGACAUCAUAGCAUGGAGUUGUGCAUGGGAUUUGAACGAGCUUUGAAAUCUAGUUUACGUAGAGAACUCUCCUUGAAAUCCACCCACCUUCACCACCAACAAGUUGUUUUCUUUGAUAAUUUGGGGUGUGUUUCUUGUGAUGAUUUCUCUGUUGAUGAUCUUCUUGAUUUUUCCAACGAAGAAUUUCAAGAAUUUGAAAAUGAAAAAGACACCCUUUCUGUCGAUUCUCAAGACCGUGUUGAUGAUGAUAAUAACUCUAACUCUUCCUUUGUUUCUUCUUCUGACCAGUCCCUUCUCACCGAUGAACUCGUUGAACCGGUGGAUGAAAUUGCAGAGCUUGAAUGGGUUUCCAGGUUCGUUGAUGAUUCUUCACGUUCAGAACUCUCUCUUUUGUACCCAAACUAUGGAGAAUAUGGCGUUGAACCGGUGAUAAAACCGGUUUUGGAUCGGACUUUGUGUUUUCCGGCGUCAUUUCCUUCCAAAGCCAGAACCAAACGGCCUAGACGCGCCACCCGGGUCUGGUCACUCAGCUCAUCACCACCUAACGAGUCAUCAAUUUCUUCUUCGUCUUCUUCCGGGUCAACCAUUACCAGCCCGGUUCAAACAUCAGAGUUGUACAACACUUUUAUCGAACCGGAAUUGAAAAAACCGAAGAAGAAUCCCGCGGUUCAAAGUGGCGCUAGUGGAGGAUUAUUUCAACGGAGAUGCACCCAUUGCCAGUCUCAAAAGACUCCCCAGUGGAGAACCGGUCCGCUCGGUCCCAAAACGCUGUGCAAUGCAUGUGGGGUCCGGUUCAAGUCAGGUCGGUUGUUUCCAGAAUAUCGGCCGGCUUGUAGCCCGACUUUUUCAGGAGAAAUUCACUCAAAUAGUCACAGAAAAGUUUUGGAAAUGAGGAGGAAGAAGGAAAUCAGUGGACCGGAGGUGGGGUUUAGCCAUAGGUCCACAGUUUUUGAAGGUUCUUAGACUAGGCGUAGGCGGAAAUAAACCUUAGGUUCAAACCGGCUUGAACCGUUUUAAUGUUAGUAGGUAUAAUUAAUUAAUGAAUUAAUUAAGGUUAAUCAUAGUUUAUUAGGCAUGUCACGGUAUUGUAGGGAGGUUUUUGUUGUGUCUUAAGACUAUUUUUGGAUUCAUUCGUGGGAGUCAUGAAGAGAGCUUAAUGUAUAAUAUUGAUAAUGCUUUCUUUAGGGUCCUUUUUCAAUUUCAUCUUUUUGAUGAAGCAAUUUGCUUUUGGUAA